AUGUCUACUCCUCUGGUGUCUGAGACUGACCAUCUUUCUUCCGCAGUCCGCCGAGACCUCGAAGCAGACGAACCACCCGAUGUCGACCUUGAUCCAGGAGUCCAAGAGCUCUACACCUCCUGGGCCUUGUUCAUUCUCGUAGCGCUCAUCAUUGGAGCGCUAUGGACAUCAUAUUACUUGCAGUUGCGCAAGAUCCGCGCAGUGCACGAGACUGUCGUUUCCAUCUUUGCCGGCAUGUCAUGUAUGGUUGUCGGUCUGAUUAUCCGCGCCGCACCGGGCGACAUCAUUCAGGAGACGGUUACUUUCCACUACACCUACUUCUUCAACCUUCUUCUUCCGCCUAUCAUUCUUAACUCAGGCUAUGAACUCCACCAAGCUAACUUUUUCCGCUCGCUACCUCAAAUCCUGACAUUUGCCUUCCUUGGUACAUUCAUCUCAGCAAUUGUAGUGGGAAUUCUUGUCUACUUGUGGACGAUCAUCGGUCUGGAAAGUCUGAGCAUCACUUUUGUGGAGGCUCUACAGGUUGGCGCAACGCUGAGUGCAACAGACCCCGUCACAGUCCUCGCGAUCUUCAACACAUACAAAGUGGAUCCGAAGCUCUACAGUAUCAUCUUUGGUGAAUCACUCCUUAACGACGCUGUCGCGAUUGUCAUGUUCGAGACGCUUCAAAAGUUCCAUGGACAGACCAUAUACGUCUCGUCCGUCUUUCAAGGCUUCGGCUUGUUCUUGUUCACCUUCAUCGUCUCCCUCAUUAUCGGUGUCCUUAUCGGAUUCUCUUGCGCGUUAAUGCUGAAACACUCCCAGCUCCGCCGUUUCCCGCAGAUUGAGAGUUGUCUGAUUGCGCUUAUGGCUUAUGGGUCUUAUCUUUUUAGUAACGGCUGUCAUAUGAGCGGAAUCGUCUCGCUCCUCUUCUGCGGCAUCACGUUGAAACACUAUGCUUACUAUAACAUGUCGCGCCGGACCCAGUUGUCUACCAAGUACCUUUUCCAGGUUCUCGCUCAGCUUUCUGAGAACUUCAUUUUCAUUUACCUUGGCUUGAGUUUGUUCACGGAAGUGGACUUGGUGUACCGCCCGGUGUUCAUUGUGGUGACCACACUUGCCAUCUGUGUUGCACGAUACUGCGCAGUAUUCCCGAUUUCUAGCCUUCUGAAUCUCAUUUCUCGGGCAAAGCACAGACCUGUGCAUCCAUCCGACCAACCGGAGCAGUUGACGCCAGCGUAUCAAAUCAUGCUCUUUUGGGCUGGUCUACGUGGAGCAGUCGGUGUUGCUCUGGCUGCUGGACUCGAGGGUGAGUACGCACCUGUAUUGAAAGCCACCAUCUUGGUGACGGUAGUUCUUACCGUUAUCGUCUUUGGAGGAACAACUGCAAGGAUGUUGGAGAUUAUGGGGAUCAGGACGGGCGUGGAGAGCGAUGAACCCGAUUCAAGUGACGAAAGCGAAGAUGAGGAAAUGAACGCAGGAUGGAGACCGGUCAGACGGGGCAGUCCGAAGUAUGAGAGGAAACAGAAAUGGAGGGAGUCUGAGAACGUGGAGAUGGAGACGCAGCGAGGUCCGCCACCGCAGCGGAAGGGGUCUCCGUUCACCAAUGGAGUGAAGAAUGGUGGUGCUAGCCCGUCUAACCCACAGGUUAUGAGCAGACAAAAUUCCCUACUCGGACAGGAUCUUGGUGCAGUCCUACGUGAUUCUGACGAUGAAUCGACUGCAUCUGACCUCCCGCCUAGCGCUGCACCCGGGCACCUGGGUGCGCACAGGUCAAGAUCGGAGCCCGCCCUACAAACAUAUCCUUCAGGUGAAGGCGGAUCCUCUGUCGAGGCGGUUACGGCUUCGGACCCGGCCGCGCAGGGAGAAGGACGUUUAGCGCAGUUGCUCAGAAUGGGUGGAGAGGAAGGAACAAGAUGGUUCUUGGAGUUUGACGACAAGGUUCUGAAGCCAGUACUUUUGAGCAAGGACCCUUGA